AUGAGGCCUCCCUCUCCCGCGCCUCCCCAAGGCUCGCUUUCCCAGCGCUGCCGGCCCUGCCCCAUGCCCUGCGGUUCCCACACCCCUUCCCUUCUUUCUGGCUGCCCAGGGUCCCCGUCCUGCCUCCCUCCUGCUCAGACCCUACACCUCUCUCUCCUUCUCCUCCUUCGGUCUUCAGACACACUCACCCCAUUGGGUCCCCAGCCUGAAAUCCAGGGAACAAAAGUGGAUUUGCAUGAACAGAGGAGCCUGGCAGGCUACAGUCCAUGGGGUCACAAAGAAUUGGACAUGACUGGGGAACUGAGCAUACCUUCCCUGAGACAAGCAUCAUACAGAGUCUGUAUGCAUAUUCAUUUGUUUAAUUUUCUUAACAGCCCUAUAAGAAAGAGUGAAAACAAGCCUGUACUUGGUUCCAUUUUACAGAUGAGGAAACUGAGGUCCAGAGAGGUUAAAUAA